UCCAACAAUUGCCAAUGGCGCCAGAUAUUCGAGUAGUAAAUGUCGAGGCAGGGGAUUAGAAAGCUGUCUGAUGAUUAUGAAGUCUCUGACAUUCUCGGCCGAGGCGGCUUCUCUGUUGUCAGAAGAGGUUUCAGCAAAUCUGGUGAGCAGAAGACUGAUGUUGCCAUUAAAACCCUGCGCAGAUUCGGAUUCGCACCGCCGGGAGUUCAGAAGGGCAUCGCGGCUGCUGCGGCACUGAACAUGUGGAAGCAAGUCUCGAUAUCCGACGCCUUGCUGACGAAUGAAAUCCUGGUCAUGAGGAAGAUUGUAGAGAAUGUUUCCCCUCAUCCUAAUGUGAUCAACCUCUAUGAUGUCUAUGAAGACGGCAGCGGAGUUCACCUCGUGCUGGAGCUUUGCUCCGGCGGGGAGCUCUUCGACCGGAUAGUCGCUCAACCGCGCUACUCGGAGUUCGAAGCUGCGGUGGUAGUCCACCAAAUUGCGAAUGGCCUCGCGGCUCUUCAUAGAGCAAACAUCGUUCAUCGCGAUCUAAAGCCCGAGAAUUGCUUGUUCUCGGACAGCGGAUCGCGCUCUCCUCUUAAGAUCAUGGACUUUGGGCUGAGUUCGGUAGAGGAUUUCACCGAUCCGAUUGUUGCGUUGUUUGGAUCGAUUGAUUACGUCUCGCCUGAAGCUCUGUCGCGGCGCGAGGUGUCGUCUGCGAGUGAUAUGUGGUCUCUUGGGGUGAUUCUUUACAUCCUUCUAUCUGGGUGCCCUCCAUUUCAUGCACCGACAAAUCGGGACAAGCAGCAGAGGAUUUUAGCUGGUGAAUACAGCUUUGAGGAUCAAACAUGGAAGACUGUAACUUCAUCUGCAAAGGACUUGAUUUCCAGCCUUCUGUCUGUCGAGCCGUAUAAAAGACCGACAGCUGAUGAUCUUCUAAAGCAUCCUUGGGUGAUAGGAGACUCGGCAAAGCAAGAUCUCAUGGAUGCAGAGGUCGUUUCCAAACUGCAAAGCUUCAACGCGCGGAGAAAACUGCGCGCAGCUGCGAUAGCCAGUGUGUUGAGCAGCAAGGUCACACUGAGAACAAGGAAAUUGAAGAGUUUGCUUGGAUCCCAUGAUCUCACACAAGAGGAACUAGAGAAACUGCGGUUGCACUUCAGACGAAUAUGUUCGAACGGGGAGAAUGCUACACUGAGCGAGUUUGAGCAAGUACUGAAAGCAAUGAAAAUGGAUUCACUUAUUCCUCUGGCUCCUCGCGUGUUUGAUUUAUUUGACAACAACCGCGAUGGAACCGUGGACAUGAGGGAGAUUCUGUGUGGGCUAUCCAGUCUCAGAAAUUCGCGAGGAGAUGACGCUCUCCAACUCUGCUUUCAGAUGUAUGACACGGACAGAUCAGGGUCCAUCAGUAAGGAAGAAUUGGCGUCGAUGCUUCGAGCGUUGCCCGAGGAUUGUCUUCCGGCUGAUAUAACUGAGCCAGGAAAGCUGGAUGAGAUAUUCGAUCAGAUGGACGCAAACAAUGAUGGGAAGGUCACCUUCGACGAGUUCAAAGCCGCCAUGCUGAGAGAUAGCUCUCUUCAGGAUGUUGUCCUGUCGUCCCUGCGACCAAUUUAGCUCGCUCAUUCUCUGCAAUCCUUUUAUCUCAGCUGAAAAAUGAUAAUUAUGAGAAACUUAGCCUGUGUCUUGGUUCUGAGAGCUAAGAGUAAUGUAGGAAGCUCUCAUAUAUAAGACUGCACGAAUCGAAGAUACGUUACAAAUCUUUAAUGCUACUUUUAUGUUAUAAAGCACUAUGCACAGCAGUGCUACAUCAAUUAAUUUUCAAGUUUCUAAUCCAGAAAUUUACUGUAGGAAGAGGACCAAUGUAUAUUGUAUUCAAAAAGGAGUUGGUAAUUUUUCGGUUGCCUUUUUA